CAAAUCGAUAUCAAACUUUAGUCUACUCUGAGUGUUAUCCUUGAUGUUUCGCUUGAUGAAAAGAAAGCAAAGUUAAUUUAAACCAUAUUAUGUCCGAUCAGGCAAAUCAGAAGGCCAGUAAUGAUCUGGUUGACGAAUGUGUAGCUGGUAGAAGGUCACAAACUUUGGACAACCAGAGCAGUACAGAUAUAGAUGUCGAAGGCCCAUCACCUUGGAAGUAUCCUUCGUUUAACUCCAAGAAAAAGGGAACAUCGGAAUGUUCUCAUAAGGUGAUCGAAAAGCGAAGAAGAGAUCGCAUCAAUAAAUGCUUGGCGAAUUUGGGUCAAAUUGUUCCUACAGCGCUAAACGGGAAUGGAAAACAGGGAUCUGGAAAGCUUGAGAAAGCAGAAAUCCUUGAGUUAACUGUAGAAUAUCUCAAAAGCCUACAAGUUGCUACAAAUAGUACAGAGAAUGUAUCAGUGACCAAUACAAAUGCAGAAGGCCCAAAAGUACCAGAUAAAGAGCAAAAUACUUGUAGCAGUAGGGAGCUACAAGCAUAUUCUAAAGGCUACAGCGAUUGCACAUCAGAAGUGUUACGUUUCCUAGUCACAGUAGAAGCAACAGAUCCUAGACUUCCCUGCUUUCAGCGGCUGAUGGCUCAUCUCCGGAUUCAGUGUCGACAUUUGAUCGACCUUCCUGAUCAUGACAACAAGCAAAGAAACAAACAAAACACGAGCACAAGUAACAAAACCACUCAAAUUGGCAAGAAAACUAACUUCAAAACUGAAGCUCCGGGUGACGGGCCKUCUGGAAAAAGACAAAGGAUUGACGUAGACAGCACCAAUGGAAGUGAGAAACCCAAGAAUCUAACCGUAAUGGGAUUCCUUGAGGAAAGUAAUAACCCUGCAUAUCACAAGGGUCACAGGAGUGUUGGAAGUAGUAGUCGGAGUUCUUCAAACGAUAAUAGUAAUCCUGAGAGCAUGAAUGGCAAUAACUCUGGCAACAACAAYGACAUGAAUGGUAAUGGAAAUAGCUUUCCUUCACAGUAUCCGAACAAUAACUCCAUGCCAUUCCCAAAUCAUUUCUAUCCACCGUCUUAUGGGUUCCCAACCUAUGCACUCCACCCUGCUGGUACCCACUACAUUCCUGUUGCACUUCACCCAGGAAUCCAAAUGCCGAGCAACAACGUGAAUGGGACGCUUCCUGCCGCAACUCUGAUUAAUCCAGGACUUGGCUUCUAUGGUUCUUCAAUGUCUGGGCUGCCUCAUCCAUCACCAAUGGGUCCUGGCCCAUCGCCUGUAUAUGGACCAAUGGGUGCCGGCUUCAGCAUGGGGUCAGGUCUUGGAGGAAUGGGUACAGGUUUUGGAGGAAUGGGGUCAGGAUUAGGUGGGUUGCCAUCUGGACUAGCAGGACCUGGAGGAUUACCAGUAUACCUGUCGAUGGCACAGAAAGAACAGAAUAGAAAUAGAGGCCAAGACUCUAAUGGAAGCAGUGAAAAYGAGUCCAGUUCCAGUAGCGAUGAAUAUAACUUUUCAUCUAGUUCUUCUGGGAAUAUCUCUGAAGUUGGUAUCCAAACAGAACAACCACAUGACCACUCUGACUAUUUUAGUGCAGGYAGCAGAUAGGUCCCACUGGAAAUAUCUUUUAAUAUUAAUAAUAUUAUUAAUAAGACGUCACUCUAGGUAGCAAAUAGGCGAGAUUCGACUCUUAUAGUCAUGCUGAUCAACAUAACAGUCACAACAGGRAAAUUAGGCAAUACACUGCUGUCAAUCAAACAAUUUGUUUAAUACCCUUCCAUACUAUGAUUGACAUUAGUCUGUUGCCUGAUUUUCAUGUUACCA